GCGCGACUAACUUCUUUCUUCUGUGCCUUCGAUUGCAAUGGCGAUAGUGGUGAUCGAGAUCUCCUCUACCGAUGAAGACGAAGAAGAGUGCAAGAAGGAAGAGAUGCAGGCAAAGAAGAUGGCCACGACGGUGGGUAGGAGGAACAGGAGGGAAUAUGUGAAGGUGGAGAAAGUGGAGGCACAGGUGGAUGACGAGGACGAGGAUGGCGACGACUGCUUCAUCCUUCCCUACAACCCUUUCUUGGACGACCAACUGGACCUCAAACGUAGGCUCUACCUCGAUGAUCCCCCACUGUCCGACGACGUCGCCGUGGUCGCAGAACGAGGCCAAGUUGCUUGUAGAGAUUAUCCCCACUCAAGAUACUUGUGUGCAAAAUACCCCUUUAGCAAGACACCUCAUCCCAUCCACUGCCAGAAGAAGAAAGAACUGUUGUUGUUAUAA